AUGGUGGUGCUCGAGAAGAGGGAGAUUCUGGCCCAGAAUGCGAAGAUCGUUGGCUCUGGGGAGACAACCAUUGUCCUGGCUCAUGGGUACGGGGCAGACCAAUCCAUAUGGGAGUAUGUCUUACCAGAGCUCACCAAGCGGUGCCGGGUCGUUGUCUUCGACUGGAACUUCGGCGCCGCUGUUGAUCGCCAUGGAAGCCGCGAGACCUCCAAACAGUCCAUCUUCGAGGCCUUCUCUGAGGACCUCGUCUCCCUCAUGGACUCCAUGGGGCUGAAGAACGUCGUCUUUCUCGGGCACUCCAUGUCCGGGAUGGUCGGCUGCAUCGCCUCCAUCAAGAGGCCCGAUCUCUUCCGACGUCUGAUUCUUCUCGGCGCAUCUCCGAGGUAGAAGAUACAUCUCGCGCCUGGAAAACUAUCGUUCUAGACCAUCGUCGUUGACCUCGCCCAUGCAGGUAUCUGAACUCGGAGGACUACGAGGGGGGCUUCGAGAGGCCACACGUGGAGGCCCUCUUCACCAGCAUUGAGUCAAACUUCCAGACGUGGGCCCGGGCCUUCGUGGGGCUGGUCGUCGGCCAGGAUCACCCCUCAGAAGCCGCCAAGUUCUGCAAGUCUCUGCUGCGGAUGGGGUCCGACGUGGCGCUCGCCAUGGCCAGGGUCAUCUUCCUUAGCGACCUUCGGGAGGUCCUCCACAGCGUGGCGGUGCCAUGCACCGUGGUCAACGGCACCAGAGACGUCGUCGUUCCCACGUCGGUCUCCAGCUACAUACAGACGAGGAUCAAGAGUGAGGCGGCGCUGGAGCUCCUCGACUUUAACGGCCACUUCCCCCAGCUGACGGCGCACAAGGCUCUGGUCAAUGCGAUCGAACGGCUGUUGUGA